UUCGACCCGAAUUGAAUUCAGUCUCAUAACCUGGGCUGCAAGGUUGAAAAGGAUACCUUUAUCAGCGGUUAAGCUGUCCGCUACGUUUGCGUGUUUCUGUGCAUUUCUUUUAGUGAAAUCGUAAGGGUAUUGUGUGUGUGUGUUUUUUUAAGUUGAACUACAGUGAUGCUUGUAUCGCUAGCAUGGUUGACAGCACUCGUGGCUGGUAUCUUUGCCAUACUCAUUGGGCAGAGGAAAUGUUUUCCAUACUUUUGGAAAGAUAUUUUCUUUUUAGCCAAAGUCGCACGAUACGGUAUACGGUUAGAAAUAUACAAAAAGACCUCCAAAGUAGUCACGGUCUUGGACAGAUUUGUGCAACAGGCUGCACGAAUCCCCAAUAAGCCGUUUAUUAUUUACGAGGGAAUCACUUACACCUACAGAGAUAUAGAUGAACGAAGCAACAAAGUGGCACAGGUUUUCGACAAGCUGGGGACCGUGAAGAAAGGAGAUACCGUCGCCCUUCUGAUGAGCAACGAACCAGAUUUCGUUUGUGUCUGGUUUGGGUUGAACAAACUGGGGUGUUCGGUGGCUUUUCUGAAUACAAACAUCAAAUCCAAGUCACUGCUACACUGUUUCAACUGCUGUGGAGCUAAAAUCCUCGUUGUUGGUGCAGACCUCCUUGCCACGCUAGAGGACAUCCUGCCCAGCCUCCAGGAGGACAGCAUCCAGGUGUGGGCCAUGAAGAAGGAGAGCUCUCAUCCAGGCGUCCACACCCUGCUUGACAAGUUGGAGCAGGCCGCGGACCUGCCUGUCCCCUCUGGCCGCAGGGCCGCCACAUCCCUCAAGGCACCCACCCUCUACAUCUUCACGUCAGGGACAACAGGGCUCCCCAAGGCAGCAGUGAUCACCCACCUCCAGUCUCUUAAGGCGGCGGGGGGGUUCUGGGCCUUUGGGGGCAUCCAAGACGAUGUGGUGUACAUCGCGCUUCCUCUCUACCACAGUGCAGCCUCUCUCAUUGGCAUCGGAGGAACUGUUGAAUUGGGUGCUACCUGUGUGCUGAAGAAGAAGUUCUCUGCCUCACAAUUUUGGAGAGAUUGUAAAAAAUACAAUGUGACCAUUUUCCAGUACAUUGGAGAGCUCUGCCGAUACCUCUGCAACCAGCCCAAGGCCGAAGGCGAGAAGGACCACAAGGUGCGGAUGGCGGUCGGGAACGGGCUGCGUCAGGAUGUGUGGAGGGAGUUCCACCGACGUUUCGGGGAGAUCCGCAUGUGCGAGGUCUACGGCUCCACAGAGGGGAACAUCUGCUUCAUGAAUCACAAUGGCAGGAUCGGGGCAGUGGGCCGCUCCACUUGCCUGUACAAGCUCUUCUUUAAGUAUGACCUGGUGAAGUAUGACAUGAUGAAAGAUCAACCCAUCCGCAAUGAACAGGGCUUCUGUGAACGUGUGAGGAGAGGUGAGACGGGGCUGCUCCUGUCCAAGAUCAGCGCGCAAAGUCCCUUCUUUGGGUACGCGGGCAGCAAACAGCAGACGGAGAAGAAGCUUCUGCGAGAUGUGUUUGUGAAAGGAGACGUGUAUUUCAACACGGGAGACCUCAUGGCGGAAGAUGAGGAAGACUUCAUCUCUUUCAAAGACAGAGUCGGCGAUACAUUCAGGUGGAAGGGAGAGAACGUGGCAACAACAGAAGUGACGGAAAUUCUCGGCCUUGUGGAUUUUAUUCAAGAGGUCAAUGUGUACGGUGUGGAGGUCCCAGGAAGUGAGGGCAGAGCCGGAAUGGCAGCUGUCAUUGUCAGGCCUGGCUUCGAGUUUGAUGGAAAGAAGCUGUUUGAUCACGUCCUGCGUGACUUACCAAGCUAUGCCAGGCCACUUUUCAUCAGGAUUCAGGAAUCCAUGGAAAUGACUGGAACCUUCAAACAACAGAAAUUCGGCCUGGUGAAGAGCGGGUUCAACCUGUCGACCAUAUCGGACCCGCUUUACUUUCUAGACAACGCCGAGAAAUGCUACGUCCCCCUCUCCGGGGAUGUCUACGACAGCAUUGUGAAUGAACAACGGAAGCUAUAGCCAUAUCAGACGAGAGGUUUUACUGGAACUGGAAUGUAAUGCUGCUACAAAGGAGGACUUCAGAUUGCCUUUGCUGCUUUGCAAGGCUGUGUAUUUGGGGGGGGGGGGGGGGUUGGGGGGGGGGGUUGACCUUAAGCCCACACAUAAUCAAACCGUGAAUAAUGGAUGAGGUCCUCCUUUGUGAGCAUUUAGUAUGGACAGCACAGGUGAAUAAUGAAUGAGAGAUGUGGAGUGGGGCCCGCGCGGACAUCGGCGGCCUCGAUAAAAACGCUAAGAGAUCAAAUGCCUCAGCGGGGGGCUCGAGCGAGACGGGGGUGGCUUGAGCCGUCCUAACCUGAUCGGAAAACCCAUUGAGGCCCCGAGGGUGUUUAGUUCCCGCCUUUUUCCACUUCCAUUGUUGAACGUAUCCGGCCGAGCGGGCGGCUCGACCCCCCAUGGACCUGCACAUGUCGACGAUCAGAGCUUCCGUUGCUGCCGCUGCCCCUGUUUGGUGUAGAUGGCGAUUUUGAUUCGAGCCACUCGUACUGUUCCUCACUGAAUAUUGAACGCGAGGGGCCGAGCACGCCGAGAUCCAAAACCGAUGACAUGAAGAGUCUUAGCGCAGGGCUGUUUUUUCUUCCAGUCAAUUCAGCAAUGUCCAAAGGAGUCAGGUGCAGGCCUGCUAUUGUAAAACUCUGAGUCAAACACAAAGAAAAAGAGAAAAAAAAGUUUUUCACACUAAAUCGUGUUAAUAGUGGUGACUUACUGAAAACAGAUGCUGGAAGAAAAAAAACAGCGCAGUUACAGCAGUGCUACAGUCCAUUUUUUUACUUUUGAAUGUGUAUGAACAACUGUGACCUUGCAUUGACUAAUAUCUUAAGCCAAAUGUCCAGGAUUAAAAAAACACCACAGUGGACCAUUCAUGAACCAUGUAAGAGCGUCCCAUGGUCACUGUGAUAAUUUUAAUCAUUUCCUGUUUGGUUUACUGUGCAAUGUAAUUUGUAGUAAAAUGUUUACCAUGUCAGCUGAGGGCUCAGAAUCCUGUGAGGGAAGGACAGUACAUUCACUGGAUUCAAAUGAAGACAUGUCACAAAAUAUUUUACACUAAUUUUUUUUCCCCUAGAUAUUGUUGAGUUCAUUGAAAUGGAUCAAUUUAUGUAUUAAUAGUUUACAGUGUGUACAAAAUGCAGUUUUUACAGGUAAUUGUAACUUUGCUUUGAUAUUUAUGGUGCAGUAAAUCAUUUUAAAUGUGUGACAUUUUGAAAUUGACUGUACAUAGUGAUACAGUAAUAUAUUUUAAUUAUUUUUUUAAAGCGAACUUCAGCAUAAUACAUUAACAUGACCUCUUUAAAACAGACAGUCAUUUAGAGAGAUGUGCCAGUGCUUAGUACACAGUAUAUAUUUUAAGUUCGGAUAAUAUAUUUUGAAUUGAAAUACAUUUUAAAUUUAUAUGGAUGUGAAAUGAUUUAUUGUGUCAUGUUAGAUUCAGGUUUGGGUAAUGAAAAAUGCUGUGUUAGUUUGUAGCCUUGAAUGGCACCCUAGCAACAUGGGGUAGAGUUGGUCUUAUAUGUGGCCCGGAGUUUUGAAUUUAAGGAGAUCCAUUUGCUCCACUUAAACAUACGCAUUUGAGAGAAACAGUCUGAGAACAGCUGCAGUGAUGAUAACGGAGGGUAAUCUUUUCAGCAUCAGUCACCAUUUUUCCUCAUGUGGAUUUCCUUUCAUUUUUAAAAAAUUUGUAAUUAGUCAAACUUCCUUAACAACAUUUAAAUGAUUCGAUAGGUGAAAAGAAACUUAUCAUGCUAACGUGCAAGCAAUACUUUGAAUACUUGAGAAUUUCAGAUGAAUUCCAGAUGACUAUUCCAAAUUUGCUGUUUACAUGCAUGCAAUAUUUAAUACUCAACUAACAAUGUCCAAAACAGACCAGCACUAAUCAGAAAAGCGUGCAUAAAAAUAUGACUUUCUAUGAUCUAGUGAAAGUAAAUUUGCAUAUAACAGAAGAAAAGAGCUUUAAUUUUUGGGUACUGAUACCAGCAUUACAUAUUUUGUUAAUGCCAUGCAUCCAUUACCAUCUCCAUUCAGAAAUGCUCAUAAUUCUUGUUGUUUUCUCAAAAGUUAUACUCCAUCAUUAUUACUAGUCAGCUACUUGCAAAAUAUAUUACUGAAGGUCACUACACACCACACUAUAGUGUAUGCAGCAAACCCCCAAGCACAUCAGGAUAUUGCUCUCAAUAAGCUGAGAAUUCACAAUUGAAUGUCUUAAAGACUAAUAGCUGUAUUAUUCUGAAUAGUAAUGUACUGUAAUAUCCCACCUCUCAGUCAUAAUUAUGAAAUGUGUGAACACUGCCUGAUGUGGUCACAUCAUUUUUGUAAUUCUCAAACAUUCCAGUGUGUCAGCAUACAUUGAAGGGUGCUCCCUAAGCUGUUUGUUAGGAUUUAGACAGAGGCCAUUUCAGACAUAAUUGUAAAAGAAAAAAGAAAACUGUGUAAAUGUGUUUUUCAAAGCUGUCUAAAUGAUUAAUUCAAAUUGUAGAGGUGGUAUGAAAUAACACCAACAAUUUACUCUCCUCAGCAUGGAGGAGAGCUGAAACUUAGCACAGCCCAUUCCCUACAGUGUAUUCCUGUACAUUACCUAGAAAAACUGUUAACUCUUGCCACUGAUUAUAGUGGAGUGACCCAUUUCAGGAACAACGUUACGUGUCAGUACUCUUCCUUCCAUUGCAUAGACUCAGGGUUACUGCCUUGUGCACUGAAAGUUUGUUACAGCUUCCAGUAGUUGUUCUUUUUUAACCAUGUGAGAAACAGCUGCAUUGUGAAUGUUAUUAUUCGAAAAGCCUUAACAGUGUUGUUGAAAACAAACUUUACUUUUAAGCCUUAUGAAUGAAUGUGAAUAGCUUGUGCCAUUGUUAAUAUGAAGUAUCUGAUAAUUAAAUGUAAGAAAAUGUAGAAAUGAUCAUCAUGUCAUAAUUUUACUUCUGAUUUUACACUGAUUUGUCUUUGAAUUCUCAAUACAUAUAGACAGAUGUACUUUCCUAGUUCACAGUCAGGGGUAGCUACAAAGACCGGGACCAUAAUCCUGCCAAUAAAGUUAUUUUCUUAUUUAUAUCAUUAAGUUAAAAAAAUAUAUUUUGCAUUUAAAUACCUGUUGGGCAGCUAGAGUGAGAGAGAGAGUUACAGAAGAGAGUAUAACCUUUUACUAUCACAUGGCCAUUCAGCUCUCAGUAUUGUUUGGCAAUAUGCAUAUGUAUGCCAAAGCAUAGGUCAGAUUGAUUUGCUAUGAAAUGUGUCUGCUUUCUCAAUGCUGACCUUGAGGUGUACUGUCCCCUUGUAUUUUCCUGUUAUGAGGGGCUGUUUAUAUUAAAUCAGUAAUAUGUGGAAGAAAAAAAAACAAUUUUCCCAAAACAAUCACUCACACACACACUGUUAAUUUGUGUCCCAUAUACCAUAAACACACACCUCAAAAUCAGUUGAGGACUUGGUUUGAGAAGGUGGUUACUUUCUGUAGAAUGGAUUUACCGCAAUUGCUCUUAAUUUACACAAAGGGGAAAUACACACAUACACACACACGCAUAUGCUCACCUUAGAUUGUUGGGAUCGGUUCCACUUUCGAUGGCACAUCAUUGUACCAGCCUAGCUUCAUUUCCAGGGCUCAAUUUGAAAUGCAAUACUGAAAAAAUAGCAGAUAACACGUUUGAAAACGAAAAAAUAUAUAUAUUAUAGUAAAUCCCAGCCUGAAAUGAUGUGUCACCAUGCGUGAACCUAAAAUAACACUCAAUCCCAUUUACACUAUGGUAAUACUGCUGCUGAAGCAAUCCCUAAUAGCCUUGAAUUGCCAAUGCUUCACAGCAUCUGUUUUGCCACUGUUUGCUUAAUCUUCUUCAGGCAAGAGACCUGUGACAUUGGAGGAUUGUGCAGUGUUUCAGUAAACAGGUCAGGCGUGUCAUGCCUGAAAGGAUAUAGCCCAUGUGUUUGUAUGAAAAGCGCGGAGAGCCACAGUGAAUUGUGCCAGGCUUUUUGGUAAUCCUCUUCCAUCAACUGAGAUUAGAAUCAAUCAGAUAUUGCAGCAGACUACAAGAGGAAGUGAAGAGGGGGGCAGACAUUUUUCAAGCCCUUUGGAUCCUCUAAAUAAAAUGGGAAUGGAGAUAAAAGCUUCCAAGAUGGAAAGAAAAUCAUACAGGUCAAGCCAUGAACAGGAGACAGAAACAACCUCAAAUAUUAAAACUGUGGGAAGCCAUUAAUAAGUGUCAUAAUGUCAUGUUUCAUUAUUGUCAGGCCUCACUGU